GUAUCUAUAGAGAUGGUAGGAGGCGUCUGCUUUGGCGUACUCCUUAGUGUGCUAGUGCGCCGCUGCUGUUCAGGAGCUCUACGUGGAAAGGCCGAACAUGGACUAACAAUCCCGUUAGCAGCAAGAUUUUAUUCGGGUUAAUUCGUUGUUUGGGAAUAGAAUAUCUUCGAAGGAACCGACAAGGAAGAUGUUUAAAAGCUGGGGGACGUGGCUCGGAAUCGAGUCCACACCCGGACAUAAAAUAGACGGACUCCGGGCCGAGGAAACAUGCGGAAGUGAACAGGACGCAGAAAAUAAUAGUGAAGUAAACAAACACGAGUGCAACGAGAAAGUGGGAGAAAACCAGCCGAUUCUGCAGCAAGCCAAAGGCCUGAGUGGAUACAUUCUGAACUUUGCGAGCAGCGCUACAAAGAAGAUUACGGACUCGGUGGCUGAAACCGCAAGCACCAUCAAGAAGACUGUGGAGGAAGGAAACAUCGACGGGCUCAUCGACAAGACCAUUCUGGGAGAUUUCCAGAAGGAACAGGAAAAGUUUGUUCAGGAGAAGAAUGCUAAGAAAUCAGAUGCAGCAGUGCCUCCCUGGGUGGGCUACAGUGAGGAGGAGACCAUUCAGCAGCAGAUCUUAGCUUUAUCAGCUGACAAGAGGAACUUCCUUCGUGAUCCUCCGGCUGGUGUGCAGUUCCACUUUCAUGUUGAGCAGAUGUAUCCCAUCGCUCUGGUCAUGCUGCAGGAAGACGAGAUUCUCAACAGGAUGCGCUUCGACCUGGUUCCGAAACAUGUGAAAGAGGAGGUGUUCUGGAGGAACUAUUUCUACCGGGUGUCUCUCAUUAAGCAGUCGGCCCAGCUCACGGCGUUGGCAGCACAGCAGCAGGCUGCGGAGAGGAGAGAGGAUGACAAGAACGGAGCCGAUCCACAGAGCGAGAACACGUCAGAAUCCAGAAGACCAAAAACACCUCCUACAACCAUCAACGCCAAGCCAAAGUCCAAUGAGCAUCAUGAGGAGGAGGAGAUCUCGACCAGCCCUGGCGUGUCUGAGUUCGUAAGUGACGCGUUCGACUCAUGUAACAUAAACCAGGAGGACUUGAGGAAGGGGAUGGAGCAGCUGGUGCUGGAUAAGAAAACCGAGGACGAAGACACGUCUGAGUGGGAGCGGGAGCUGCAGCAGGAGUUGCAGGAGUACGAGGUGGUGGCCGAGGCAGAUAACCAAGAUGAAAAUUGGGACCGUGAGAUUGAAGAGAUGUUGCAGGCUGACUAGCUAACUCCCAUGAGCCCUCGCUUUCAGUGUGGAAACAUGGCUACACUGAAGAGAGAAGGAGCGUGAAAGUAAAAGGAUGGACCAAGCAAGCCACAAUGAAGACAGGCUUACACAUCACACUCUGUGCUACAUAUACACUGUUUUUCUCUGUUUAAAUGAAGCAGGCGGGGAUUUGUGUUAAGAAUGCAUUUCAAAUGGAAAAGUAGUUUCAGGGGGUGUAAUCUAUUCCUGUGACGUAGUGGACUUACAGCGAAAAUGCACAGCAUCUACAGUAAAUUUCUCUCUUCUCGCUGAUGGAUGAAUCAAAUAAUUAGUGCUACCUUUUUAUAUACAGUACAAGAUAUCAGUGUGUGUAAUCUAUUCUUUAUUGUCUAUCUGUAAUAGACAGAAUGAGAGUGUGAGACUCUGCAUGUGACACUGAUAGUCGUACAGAUCCUUUGAGACCUUAGAAGAUGAAAGCAGAUGAACAUCGGUUUUUCCGUUUCGUCCAACCUUCCAAAACUGAACUGAAUUUAUUAAAGGAAAUGUAAUAUGUUUUUUUUUCUCAGAACAUCACUCAUCUCUAAGCUGCUCAAUAAUAAUAUUGUGUGUUUAUUAAAUGUUAUUUUGUCUCUAAA